CAAGCUUUGCCUUCCCAGUUCCCCCCUCUCCAUUAUUCGCGUCACCGAGCCGCCUCCAUCGCCCCAAGUCCAACCCACCUGAUUCCUCUCCGCGUCCGCGCGUCGCCGCCUUUCCGAUAAAGCUUUCGCGCGGCGCAGGCAAAAUCGCUCAAAUCCGAGCCCCGGUUCUCCCAAUUCUCCGAUCUGAUCGUUGUGAGGUCUUGUCCUACCGCCAAUUCUACCCUAGCGCGCCCGAAUUUUUUUUCUAGGGUUCGCGGUUGUAGUUCGGGGAUCUAGGGUUCGGCUGCCAAUUUCGCCGUCAAUUUUGGCGAUCCACUUGAUUCGCUCGGUUCUGAGGGAUCCCUGCUUGCGCCUGCGCCCAUGGCCGCGGCGCGACACGCAGGCUACAGGAGCCACGAAGUGGCGAGGGGGCGGGAGCUCGACCUGGAGCGCUCCAGAAGGAGCAAGGAGUAUCACCACCACCACCACCGCCACCCGAGCCGCGACCGUGACUCUGACCGUCGCCGUGACGCUGGCCGCAGCGGGGGCCGCGAGGUUUCCAACCGGCACCGCCGCCACCACUCGCCGUAUCCGCCACCGAGGAGCCGACCGUCAAGAAGGGAGGAGGAUAGGGAGCCUGGCGAGGUCUCGAGCGGCAGCGGCUCGGAGGAGUCCGGUGGGCGCCCACUGAAGGCCAGGGCGCCGAGGGAGGAUGGUGUUCUGGGAGUCUGCAAAGACGGCAGUGCGGUGCUACCAAGUAAGAAGAGGAAGCACUCACCUGUAAUCCCGGAUGAGAAUGUUUCUGAGCUGCAGGCAAUAGAUGGUUUCAGGAGCAGGAGAGGGAUAGACACCUCAGUGGCGGAGCUCCCUCUGCCUUCGCCGCCUCCUUUAUCAGAUGAGAGUCCUAUAGACGUGGUUGGUAGGUGCCCAACAAUGAAUUUGGGUGUUUCAGUGGUUACACAUGAGGCCGAAUGGUCUCAUGAACAUGAGAAGAAUGGGGUUAUGGAGGGGGAAGAGGACUGCCCAACAACGAGAAACAUUUUGACUUCAAGAUGGGCAGACGCUGAUCAGGACGAGGAAGAGGCGACUGUGCCCAAAAAGAAGAGAAGUGUGUCUCCUGGUAACUUGUCUGCGCUGAGAUCUACAAAGAAAGUUACAAGCCCAGAGCUUGGAGAAGCGCUGAGGGUUAAAACAAGAGGGAGUUCCUCAUGUUCGUCUAACUCUGUCUGUAGUGAAAACUGGAAUAUUGAGGUUGAUGGGGGUGACCGCAUGGAUGUUGAGGAGGAUGGUAUUGAUGCUUCUGCUGGUUGUUCACUGGAUGUUGAUUCUGGGAGUGAUGCACGCAGGUCUAGAACACCUGAGGCUGUACAGCCGCCACGCAGGUGCUUUAACAUGCUUCAGAGCUGUAGGAGUAUUGAUGAGUUCGAGAGGCUCAACACAAUCAAUGAGGGUACAUAUGGAGUUGUAUUUAGGGUGAGGGACAAGAAAACUGGUGAGAUUGUUGCAUUGAAGAAGGUAAAGAUGGAUAAGGAACGGGAAGGUUUUCCAUUGACUUCUCUUAGGGAAAUAAAUAUCCUUUUAUCUUUUGACCACCCAUCAAUUGUGGAUGUCAAGGAAGUAGUUGUUGGUGGUCAUGAUGAUGAUACUUUCAUGGUGAUGGAGUACAUGGAGCAUGACCUGAAGGGUGUCAUGGAGACGAUGAAGCAACCAUAUACCCAAAGUGAGGUCAAAUGUUUGAUGCUUCAGCUGCUAGAGGGUGUGAAGUAUCUUCAUGACAAUUGGGUACUUCACAGGGAUCUCAAGACAUCAAAUAUCCUCUUGAAUAACCGUGGUGAGGUGAAAAUAUGUGAUUUUGGACUCUCCCGUCAAUAUGGCAGCCCGCUAAAGCCUUACACUCAACCAGUUGUAACUUUGUGGUACAGGGCUCCAGAACUACUUUUAGGAGCAAAGGAGUAUUCUACUGCUAUUGAUAUGUGGUCAUUGGGUUGCAUAAUGGCAGAACUCUUGUCAAAAGAGCCACUCUUCACUGGGAAAAAUGAGAUAGGUCAACUUGAUAAGAUAUUUAGAAUACUUGGCACACCCAAUGAGGAGCGAUGGCCUGGUUAUUCCAAAUUGCCCGGUGCCAAAGGCAAAUUUGUAAAGCAACCGUACAAUAGAUUGAGGGAGAGGUUUCCACCUGUAUCCUUCACGGGAGGGCUGACAUUGUCAGAAGCUGGAUUUGACCUGCUAACUAGGUUGCUGACAUAUGACCCUGAGAAGCGCAUAUCUGCAGACGAUGCCUUGAACCAUGAGUGGUUCCGUGAGGUUCCUCUGCCCAAAACAAAGGAUUUCAUGCCAACAUUUCCUGCUCUGAAUGAACAAGACAGGAGGAUCAAGAAAUACAAGAAGAGCCCUGAUCCCCUGGUGGAGCAACAGAUGAAAGAACAAGGGAGCACAGGAGAUCGUGGCCUUUUUGGCUGAUCUGACACCAGAUUUUGGCUUGCUGCAGAAAACCAGUUUUCACUGUGAAUAAUUGUGAGUAAACAUGUUCCAAGGUGAGGUCUCACUGGACAUGAAGUAACCAGUCUACUUGGUGUGUGUGAAAGUUGAUUCUGUUCUAUAGCAGGCACAGUUUCAAGGGGGAAUAAGAUAUUUCCUUAAGUUCCAUGCAGCUAUUGUUCAAAUGGCAGGGUUAGCUCUCUCACAGAAAUCUGGUCACAUUCUAAUCCACCAUCAUUAUAAUUGCCACAGAUCCAGUUCACUUGAGUUUCAGUUUCAUCUAUAGGUCUGGCCUAUUGGGUGCACCAGUUUCACCUUUGAAACUUCUUUGUAAAGUAUUAUCAAUUGUUUCCUUGUAAUCAGUAAUCAAUGAGAUAUUAAUGAGAUCCUAUUUAAUUUUUGCUCUAUUCAAGUAGUUCAAUUUCUUUUGAUCUUUCCAUUUUGUUUGCAAGAGUUGAACGAAGUGAUCGGAAGGGUGCCUUUUGAUUUUGCAAGGAAAUUGGUGCACUCUUAUUGCAACUUGUAAGGUAAAAUGCUAAGGAGCCUAUUUCUCCUACUGACGUGCUAUUGUGUAAUAAAUGCGAUGGAUCUGCCUCUUUCAUUUCCUAUUUUAAUUUUAUUGAAGACUGCUUUGUACUGAAUAGAGUAAUGAUUAAUGACUGCUAUGAUGUCCUCUGGUACUGCUUUUAAGUUGUUAGCUUGGUUCCUGGCGCGCCUGGUCAUGUAACUGUUUACCUUAGAGGGGAAUUUCCUGUUAGGUUCUUCAUUUUCAAGGGUGCAAAUGUUUAGCUUAGAGGGGAAUUUCCUGUUUCACAAAUUAAUAAUGACAUCAGACAGUUUGGAUCACUGUAGAAAGAUUUCUAUGUAUGUAGCAUUGUCUGGGAAUGGCAAUGGAGAACCUUGGUUUAAAAUGUAUGAGUUCCUUCAGCCUUAUGCAGUAGCCUAAAUGGCUUCAGAAUGUGGAAACAUAGAUCUAUAUCUUUUGUUGGUUGCUUUGUUGAACACACAGUGAUGUAACUACGAUGUUUGGAGCUACUGGCUCCUAAAAAAAACAGACAUUCUUUGUUUUAUAUUUUUUGACUUGGAACAUUCUUCUAAAUAUGCCAUAGUUUUCUAAUGUUCAGUUCUAAAAGUUUAUCUACACUAUUACAAUAAAAAUUUGCAGAAUUUUUCUUAGUGAUGGUCCAUGCUGUGAUUUUCAGCUAUGCAUUUGGUGUUAGAUAAGCCUUCUCAGUUUCUUAGGUGCUGGAUAAUUGAAGACGCUGAGUUCUUCUUAACAUUGUAUCUUGGCCUGAUAAUCCUUGCACAUGUGCUAAUAUCUUCGUUUCAGCGAGUUUAUCUAUUGUAACCUAUUAUUGCUUCAGCUUAAGCCAUCUCUUGUGAGACGCUACUGCAUAUGUGGUUGGCAUCUUUGCUUGAAUUUGUCAAACUAGAUCUAGCCAUUGUUUGGGAAUAGGAUAUUUGUUCUGUUAGACCUGGUCCUGAAGAUUUUCUGUUUCCAAGUAGAGAGUUUACUUAACUCACUUUAAACAUUAUGUGACACGUCUGCAGCUUAAAGCUGUGGCUGUAUCAAGACAGGAAGCUCUCGUUGAUGUCAGACUGGUAUACCUAAACUGACUUAUCUUUGUGUCUGGGCCUUCAAAGGUCUCAUCUGUCUUUGUGAAUCUGUGGGAGUUCAGGUCAGCUAUUUUGACUACCUUGGUAACCCGUGAUCUCUGCAUCCUUCCACUCCAGUUUUGUUUGUGCUCAUCAUCACCCUUCUAUUAUUCUGUGAUUUGUGGCAUGAUGAAUGUUAUUGGUUUGGUACUUUUAUUCGCAAGGAGCCAAGGACACACUCUGCAUUAAGACUAUGCUCACCAUCUCAACACUUUGCACUUGUCCACGGUUUUCAGUCAUGCUUCUAUUCUUAUUAUUGCUUGGAAUAGUUAUGGAGGUAGUUCAAAAAAAAGGAGAAAUAUGUUUUUGCCUUACAUUUUGAUCAUAAAUAACUUUUCCAGUUGUAGGGUAAUGUUUUACUUUCCUAGGUUGAUUCUGAAGUGGAAUGUUGAUUGCUUAAGAUUUUCUCUUGCAAGGUUGUUUGACCUUCCUAAUGUGGGUUUACUGUUGUAUAGGUAUAUUUGCUACUAAUGCAUGAUCACUGUCUUGUUUUUUUUGGCUAGUGCGUUGUUAAUGUUUCUCAGUUGAGUCAAUGCUAUAAUUGAAUAGCCUGUGAAGUACAUGAAUGUUUUUUACUGACCUUAGUGAGCUGCAUGCCAUUGUUGAAAAUGUACAGGUCUUUGUUACUCUUGAUAUACCAUCCUAAUUUUUCUGUUUCUUUAUCGGGGUUUGUUAAAUAAUCUGCUGCCCUUGCGUAAUUGCUUACUGUGGCUGAAUCUUGCGUUGUGAGUUGGUGACAUCUAAAUUUUUGUCCUGGUAGUUCUACUUGGUACACAGGAUAAACUAGAUCCAGGACUGAAAAAAAAUUACUUCCCGUAUGCAUGAACAUGACAACCAACUUUGAGUUUCUUCUGCCGGCAACAAUAAUGACAGUAAAAAAACAACAAAGCUUAUUAGUCUCAAGCAGGUUGGAGUAAAGUGGAGAUAAAAUUCGAUAAGCACCAACAAAGAUGAUACUCCUAUAUAAUUGUGGUAAUGAUUAUAACAAGUUACCAAUGUCUCUGUUACUAGCUUUUGUGAUGUUCUGUGAGAUCAUGUUUGCCUGAAACCCAACUUCUCGGUUGCCUGAAAACUUAGGACUCUGUGAUACUACCAUUUUUCUAUCGUUAAUGGUUCAGUGCAUUGCAGUUGCAAUUAUUAUUAAGUGCAUUUGUAGUUGUUGGGAAUUAUAAUGUAAUUAGCAAGAUCUAAUGUCUGAACCGCAGAAUGUUUAAGAAGCUUUAUUUGUGGCAGUCCAUUGUGUCCAUCAAGCUUGUUUAAAACUUCAAAUAAAUGGUAUAGAUCUCCAAUGUUCCAUGGUGGCCAAUUGCCAUCUCCAUUUCCUUACCACACAUGGAGAAGGCACAUUCAGGUCAGAUCAAGGACUGGCAGAGAGGGCUAAUAAUAGAUAGCUACGUUGAUUACUAAUCACUAUUUCAAUUUAGAAUCUUAUAUUUGAUUUAUUGAAAAGAUACUUACCAUGAGAUGUAAGCUGUUCAUUAAAUUGUUAAAGGCCACUCCUAUAUCAUGGUGGCAUAUCAUCAUCUGGUAAUUCAACCUAGUCCUCAUGUUGUCCUUAAGUUCGUCCCCUUGUAUGUCCUUUAAGUAUACUUUCAACUGUAUUAUGAUUUGUGCUUAAGUCUUAAAAAUUUUCCUAACAGAAGACGUGAUUUCUAAAGGUUUUGUUGUAUUUCUUUGAAUACUACUCCUGUGGGAGCUUAAUAAAUUCUGUCUUAAGCGAAUUGUUCUCGUUUUGGUAUUAUUUGUGGCUCAUGAACUUGUUUUAACCCUUGUAUGUUGCUCAUUUGUUUUGUGGGAGUGCAAAUGCUUAAAAGCCAACGAUCAGAGUCUGGAGAGGCAAGUCCUUUGUGCGCUGACCCAGGAACCUCAUGAUACAUCCAUCCGACGGGUCGAGCUUGGUUUAACAGAUGCUGGAGUUUAUUAGCCUCUCUUGGAUUUGUCUAGGAAUAAACCUUGGCGGAGAGAUCUGUGUAGAUAUUUCUGGUCGAGCUAAUUAUUAUGAUUAAUGCUGUGUAAAGAUUUUCAAACCACGAUGGUUGUAAGGCGUUUUGGUUUCUCUAGAUGCA